UAAUAUUUAAUUAGUUUGAUGGAACCUUCCUCACUGGAAAGUUCAGAGGAACUCUUCUCAUUGCCACUGGCGUUGAUGGAAACAGGUGCUGAUGCUCACGAUUUUGAUAGCCAUACCCUUGCAUUUGUAAUAGUGGAAGGGGAGAACAACUUAAGUUGGAGAUGAUUCUUUGACCAACUACACGAACACGUGACACAGCGGGAGGGUAUUACGAUUAUAUCUGAUCGACACGCGGGGAUUAGGAAUGCCGUGGGUGGUUUUCCUGACGAGUGGGGAUGGACAUGGCGCUGGUGUAUUCGACACUGGCUCGCCAAUUUCCAACACAAAUUUGGAAAGAAGAAAGACAUAAAAAAUCAACUGUGGCAUGCAGGUACUAAUGUCCUUUAAUGCGAGUUAUCUAUGUGUUUAAAAUAUUUUUGUUUAUCAUGUAUUGACCAUUUCUAUAUUGUUCACCUUGCAGCGGUUGCACAUCAGCCAAAAAAGUACGAGCAGAAGAUGAAGACGAUCCGUCAGACUCACCGAGCUGGAGCAAUAUGGGCUGAAGGUCAAGAAUUGGCCAUGUGGACGUUCCAUAUGGACAACGGGGCCAGAUGGGGCAUUGCAACUACCAACCAUGGAGAAAGUAUAAAUAAUGUGUACAAGGACCUUCGAGCGAUGCCUAUUUAUGUCAUAGUGGAGAUGUCAUACUGGAAGGUCAACGAGUGGCGGGUGGCUCGGCUGCAUCUAGCGAUAGGGAGGGAGAUAUCUGGUCAUCCGAUAGCACAUGACGUUUUUGAGCAAAUGCAGAAGAACGAAGAAAAAUCAAGUAAGCAUAAAGUGGUUCUUUUCGAUCGCAGUGAAGGGAUAUUUGCAGUGGAAACAGGUGUAUGGGGUGGAGGUAGACGUGACCACAAUCGUCAAACGGUUACUCUGCACUAUGAAUCAGGGGAGUGUACAUGUCAAAAAUAUCAAAACAAGAGGAUACCUUGUUCACAUGCAAUGGCAGUAGCUAAGUCAUUAACCAUGAACAGAAACACUCUGGUGAGUCCUUACUACACUGAACAAGCAAUACGGAACUCAUAUGAUGUAGCUUUGAGUCCCAUGCAGCGGCGGAUCCAGAACACAGAAGAGCACUGAGCCGUAUUUCAUUAGAAAAUUAGAACCGUAAAAAAAUAUAAUGACUAUAGCUUUUUUUACAAUGUAAAUUGUACACAACGGUAUUUUAAUUUAGCAAAUGCAUCAAUAAUGGAGUCCACAUCCAUACCAAUAGUAUACACUGUUUCAAAUAAAAUACUUGAGCAAUCGGCGAGAAAUUCAUCGCUUAUUUUAUUGCGCAAAUCAGUUUUCACAUGUUUCAUUGUUGAAAAAGUUCUCUCUAUAGUAGCUGUUGGAACUAGAGGCAUCAACACUAGACAAAUCAAUCAACUAAUCAAUUUUGCAUUGUGUGUCCAUCCCUAUAUCCACUAGCUGCUCUAGUAAAUUACUAAAUUUUCAAGAAAAUAAACUUCAUAUAUCUUUUAGUCUUUUACGUUUUAGACUUUUAGGUUUCAUUGUUUUUUUAUACGAAUAAUCUUUAGGGCUAAAAUUUCUAGGCUAAAUCUAGAUUUUUUUUAUCUGAAUCAUUUUUCUAAUUAUACCCAAUCUUAUUGUAGACACCACAUUUUGUCCGGAGCAACUAUCCUACUCAAAAUUCGGAAGAAUAUUCCAUUUAAAAAUUAAAAAGAAAACCCAAGUGAAAGUUUGGACGAAGUUGGUUGAGAUUAGCAGUGGCAAAUCAACAAGUACCAAUAAUUUCGAAGUCCUCCUUCUGUUUAGUUCGAAUAUCUGUACUAGGUAGGAUUAGCAGUAGCUAAUGACUACCAAAUUCGCUUUAUUUAGAGUAACAAUACGCCGUCACGACUAUACUAGUAUUACGGUUAAUGAUUAGUGACAUAGGUUUGAAAUUUGUCAAAUGAGAUAGGAGGACCAUAUUAAACUUACUGAUAUUGGUCAAUAUUGGUCGAAAUUCAUAAUCAAGAACUACUUAUUUAAGAAGUUGGGAUGUGGGUCACGAUCAAGAAAAAGAAUAAACAAGCUAGGUGGGAGCAAAUCAAUUGAAUAGUUGGCCAUACAAUAAUUACACGAUCAUUCUAAUUAUAAGUCGCAAAAAUAAUUACAUGCAUAAUUGCAAAGUACAAAUGUACAACUAAUAAUUAUUACAUCUGAUAAGGAAUUAAGGGUGAAUAAAAUAAGACUUCUUUUUCUUUUGGGCACCAAUCAGAAUUGGGGGCUUAGCCAAUUAAGGCUGUUUGGGCCCCCAUUGAUCAUCAUUUUGGGCCGGAAACGGACUAGAGACCUGCAAACAAAAAAAGAAAAUAUUAGAAGAGCAACCUAAAAUAAAAACCCACAACCCAGGCCCAUAUUCAGGCCCAAUUGACUCUGGUCAACUCUGGUCAACUUGGUCGACCCGGGUCAACCCAAUCAAGUAUGGUCAGCCCGGGCCAACUCUGGUCAACCCCGUCAACCAAACCCAUCAUUCUUAUCUAAAGGAGCAGCAGAGUAGCAGAGCAGCAGAGUCUCUGCCAAAUCUAAAAAAGAAGAUUUCGGCCACCUCCUCCAAGAACCAAUCCCAAAUUGCCAACAACAUAAGUGGCUAAGGCUACCACUUCAAGAGCAAAGGAGGAGCAGCCAACACACAGGUAUGAACAGUAAAAGGCAGCCAUAUAUAAGGAGCUGUUUUACCCCCCAAACAAGAGAGGGAGGAGGAACCAACAACAAAAACACACAAAAAGGGAGACAAAGAGCAUUAAAAGGCACUAAGCACCAAAAAAGACAGAAGCACUAAGGAUCCAAAAAGGGCAGGGAGUCAGAAACAGCAACGAGCCAUCACCAUCAAAAUCCACUAAAUCACAACACAGGUUGGUAUUCUCUACACCCCAUUAACCGUACAAGCAUUCUAGUUAUUCAUACAUCCAUGUAGAAGAUCUACUUAACAUAUGAUACUUCUAAAUUUAUAAUCCAUGGUUAAAUUGCUUGAGUUUGUAUGUAAAAGGGGGUAUUAUGAAAUCCUGAUCUUUGUGAUAUGUA